AUGCAGUUUCUACGAAAAAUCAUUCUUGGAAUGUUUUCAGAGAAACGUGCGGUCAAGAGUACAGGGCACAACGAAGCGAAAUCGGACAGAAGAAAAGAUAAACGCACACCGGAAAAUGAUCUCUGCCAAGCAAUCUUUCCAAUAUAUUACGUCAGUAAAGUGUGCGGCUUGGUUCCUGUCAGAUUCAUUCGAAACGUCACUGGAAGAUAUCAGGCACACCUGAGCACGGUGGAUCUCCUUUACAGUUUAUGCGUACUACUGUUGCUCCUCGGUGCUCAAAUUUGGGGUCUAUGGCGGGAUCUAAAAGACGGAUGGGAGCACAGUACCAGAUUGAAGUCUCGAACAGCAGUGAUCGCGACGUGCAGCGACGUUCUCGGAGUGAUGAGCCUUACGGUGGUCUGUAUCGUUAACUCGUUAUUUCGCUGGAAGUGUCUCCAAUUCAUAGUGAACAAAUUAAUAGAGGUGGACGAAAAGAUAGGUGUUACCAAUGUGAAAAAUACUCGAUGGUUCACCACCUGCUCAACGGUAUGUAGCCUAACGUACCUAUGGACGAACUCGAUUCUUGACUUCUAUACAUGGACUCGCAAAAUGAGAAUCGACAAAACAAUGUCUGGCAAAGGUCCGAUUAACUUCGCGUCCCUGUAUUUCAUGUACACUGUGAUCAUUUCGACGGAAAUCCAAUACACCGUCUGCACGUAUAAUGUGGGACAAAGAUUAGUUAGGCUGAACGAUUGCCUCAGAAAUCUGUUCAACAGCCACACCGUAUCCACCGAUUGCAUUGGAAAGUCCGUUGAAACAGCAGAAGAUGCUCGCGAGAAAGGGACCAACACCGUGUCGCGCAGCCUAUACGAGUUGUACAGUACACGGGGGGUCUUUCGGAGCUCGAAUGUUACAGACAAGAAAAUCUGGCCGAACGGUGGUAUAACCGAAUUGAUAAUGGUACACUCGUUGCUUUGCGAUACAGUCACUCUUAUCAACAACAUGUUCGGCGUUGUAAUUUUGGCAGCCACUACAACUUGUCUACUACAUCUUGUGAUAACACCUUAUUUUUUGAUUCUACAAGCAAGCGAAACACACGAAUGGAUAUUUUUAGCGGUGCAGGGUAUGUGGUGUAUUUUUCACGUAGCUAGGAUGCUGAUAAUCGUUCAACCUACCUACUCGACCGUCGUGGAGGGAAAGAGAACAGCGAUUCUCGUUAGUCAAUUACUAUCCUCCAGUGUCGAAGCAAAUGCACGCCGGCAGUUGGAAACAUUUUCUCUUCAGCUAUUACAUCGACCUCUUGAAUUUUCAGCGUGCGGUCUAUUCUCAUUGGACAGAGCAUUGAUAACGUCGAUCGCCGGGGCGGUGACAACGUACCUUGUUAUACUGAUACAAUUCCAAAAUGCCGACGACACAACGCAAAUUCUAAGAAACGCAUCGUCGCUUCGAAACCUAACAGGACUGAAGAUCGGCUUCUGAUCGCACGACACGAUUGAAACUCGAAAAAGAAAAAAAAAGGAGAGAGAGAGAGAGA